UCGUUCUCGAUGGUGCCGCUGACGAUUUGAUUUUCGUCCCUCUCGUUCUCGGUGUUGUUGUUCUCGGUGACGCGACGGAGGUGUAGCCUGACGCGGUCUCUUACGUGUCGGCCUGAAUAAAAGUGGAGCUCCGAGGGCCCGGGAGUGACCGAGGGAGUCUGUUUCGCUAAGUCGAUGACCAUGGAGUCGGGAGCAGAGGUUCAUCAGGGAGGAGACACGGCAGUGUCAGAGAUAGACAGCCAACAGAUCUCCCAGGCACAGAUAGCCACCCUGGCACAGCAGGAUUAUGUUUAUGCUUUGCAGGUUUCCAUGGCAGCAGGUCACGCCACAUCCAGCGGUCCUACGGUCACCCUGGUGCAGCUGCCCAAUGGCCAGACGGUCCAGGUUCACGGCGUCAUCCAGGCCGCUCAGCCCUCUGUCAUACAGUCACCACAGGUCCAGACUGUUCAGAUCUCCACCCUAGCAGAGAGUGAAGACUCUCAGGAGUCAGUGGACAGUGUGACUGACUCUCAGAAACGCAGAGAGAUCCUCUCACGACGCCCCUCAUAUAGGAAGAUCCUGAAUGACCUGUCAUCAGGUGACACCCCAGGAGUUCCCAGGAUCGAGGAAGAGAAAUCGGAGGAGGACACAGCGCCCGCCAUCACCACGGUUACCAUGCCCACAUCAUGCCCCAUCUACCAGACCAGCAGUGGCCAGUACAUCGCCAUCACCCAGGGAGGGGCAAUCCAGCUGGCCAAUAAUGGAACAGACGGGAUCCAGGGACUGCAGACCCUGACUAUGACCAACGCUGCGGCCGCCCAGCAGGGCACCACCAUCCUGCAGUACGCUCAGACCUCGGACGGCCAGCAGAUCCUGGUGCCAAGCAACCAGGUGGUAGUGCAAGCUGCGUCAGGAGAUGUGCAGGCCUACCAGAUCCGCACGGCCCCCACUAGCACCAUCGCCCCUGGGGUGGUCAUGGCCUCCUCCCCUGCCCUGUCUGGCCAGGGGGGCCCAGAGGUAGAAGUUACCCGCAAGAGAGAGGUCAGACUCAUGAAGAACAGAGAGGCGGCCCGCGAGUGUCGCAGGAAGAAGAAGGAGUAUGUCAAGUGUCUUGAGAACCGCGUGGCCGUGCUGGAAAACCAGAACAAAACCCUCAUAGAGGAACUGAAAGCACUUAAAGACCUGUACUGCCAUAAAUCUGAGUAGCUUCAAAAUAACCCAUCCUAGCCCAACUGUCACUCCCUAUUCAGCGGGCAUCAGACUGCCCACUGACCUGUACAGAGACUCUGCCAAGCAUUGGCCUACGGGCAUGACCCAUGACAUCUGAAGCAAGAGGAUGUGAGAGAGAAGACAGAAUGAAAAUGGAUUGAUGGACGGGAGAUCAGUGAUGGACAGUGCUUUGUGGGAAUUGUAGUAAACAUGACCACUUUGGCCCAUACGUCCCCCAAUCUCCCAUCCACCAAUCCAUUUUCACCCUGUCUUCUCUCUCACAUCCUCUUGCUUCCACUCCUUCUUCUCCCGCUCACUUGUUAUCCACCUUUUCAUCUUUCUUUGCCUCUCCCAACUUCUCUCAAUAUUAUCCCACCGCGGAACUGAAAGGAUGAGGAUUCAUUCGUCAGUUGUGGUUCCAGGGAUAACGUGGUGAAACAUAACACUAACUCUUUUACACUAUUCAAGCUUCUUGUUUGGGGUUUGAAUACUGGGAAGAGAAGUCACAGACUUCUGACAUAGUCAUUUGUUAUUAACCCAAAGCCUCUUAUGUCUUCACUAACAAUGGUUAGCCAAUCAAACCAUAGGGUUAGUGUCUGAAUGUCCAAUCAGCUCAAGAGGAAGUCAAGACUAGGAAGUCAAGGUAGCCUCCAGAACCCUGGCAUUGGAGUCAGUUAAGACAUUGUAGAUUUCCCUGGGCCCGGUUUCCCAAAAGCAUCUUAAGGCUAAGUUCAUCGUUAGAACCUUUGUAGGAGCCUCGUUAAAUCUCGUUAUUAACAUUGCACUUGAAAGCGCUCGUAAUCUAACGCAUGCUUCAGGCCACUCGUAGAACAGCAGUGCGUCGUUAGAUCUGUCCUUUAUGUACAGAAGAUCUCCGCUAAACAUCACAUGGUUUAUCCGUCUCUCUGUGUCCGCCGAUAACUUCAGAACAAUGUUGACUACAAAUGCAAAGGUGCCAAUGUCUUUGUAAUUGAUACAAACAAGCAACGUGUAAAAAUAUGCUCCAAAUGAAAACCGAGAUGACUGCAUUAAAAUAUAAACAGUAGGAUGUAGGCCUAUUUCAGUCCUAUUGAAAUACAUACCAUGUUCAAUCAAUUGAGUUCUAUUUUGCUACUUGUAGGCUACUGUUUGUAAUUUGUCUCAAUAUAUUUCAUGAUGUGUAGCCUAACGUGCUUAAUGAUGUGCCAAAUCUUUGAUUUAGUGGGGAAGCAUUAGACUAAGGCGCCUCAAUAUUUGCAUCCAUGGGUGGUAAUAUCCGUAGCCGCGGGAAGUAAGGGUGCUGAGGGUGCUGCAUCGCCCCCUGAUAAAUCACAAUAAACCAAAUUAGUGCACUAGGCCUUUGAAUAAACCAAAUUGGUGCACUAGGCCUUUAUUACCCCUGUAUGAGCGGAGAAAAAUACUCAUCCGCAGAGCGGGGAAAAGCCCCCCAACUCGCCCGUCGACAAAAAAAUUCAGCACCCCCACCCCAAAACAACUUCCUGCGGCCAUGGUAAUAUCACUCUAGGAGCUGAUCUGUUGUCAGUAUUGUGAAAUAAUUAUAAUGUUGAGGAAAGUUCCCUUUCUUUCAAUCCUAUCAGUAUCAACACAUGAUCAAACGACGCUCUUAACGAGCGUUCUCUCUGUGUGGUGUUUUGGGAAACUCAUGUUACAUCUUUGGGAAAGAUACAUUGUUAAAACACGCCUAAAUUCCAUCGCUAUCAGGAAACCGGGCCCUGCUCAGUAGAUCAUAUGAGAUCAGAUUAUGUUAUUUUCUAGAUCUCAGUGCUUAGGUUAAACCUCCAUAAUCAGUAUAACCCAUCAACUCGGAUUCAUCUUCCAUUUCAAGUGUCUUGGGUAUUUUCUGUAUUUCGUUACAUUUUGAUAUCUGAGAUUUGAGCUACUUUUGUUACGCUCUAAAGAUUUGGACUGUUGCUAGGUGGUGGUGGAAUAUGGAUCCCAUAUAACUACUGAAGAAAACAGAUUAAUGUCUGAAUACUGGAAAAAGUUGUCAGUACACACUACAUAUGGUUAAUGGCAAUUAUCUGAGAUUAAAUUCACCUAAGUAAAUCUUGUUGGAAUAGAUACAUUUGUAAUCUCCGGCAUACACAUAUUUAUGGUGAGUGUACUACUGUACAUACAUUCAGUACAUUACCGUUCAAACGUUUGGGGUCACUUAGAAAUGUCCUUGUUUAAAAAAUAAAUAAUAAUAAAGGCACGUUUUCUGGGGCCACGAAAAGAACAUAAAAUUGAUCAGAAACACAGUGUAGGCAUUGUUAAUGUUGUAAAUUACUAUUGUAGCUGGAAACGGCAGAUUUUUUAAUGA